CAUUGCGACGGAUCAGAUGGUACAUUCUCCAAAUUGAUGCGGGCGGUAUCAGCGCGCCAACGUUGACAUAUGCACCUCCCUCAUCGUCAAGUUCGUAUGAUUAAUGCACUUGGACAUACAUUACGUCAUUACAUUAUACGUCAUAUUUAUUUCAUUAUAUUGUUAUAUAUGUGCAUUCGCUAAAAUAAUGAUUAAAGAUUAUCUCGUCUCUUUCUCGCGAGAUUUUAAAAUUUUCUAGAUAUUCUAAAUAUUGUCGUAAUUAAUUCUAAAAGUAAAGUACUUCUAUGUAAUUGAAAAGAUCUCGCAAUCCAUUUCUCUGUUUGUAUACUUGAGAAAUACUCGCUCUGCAAAGAUUUCUUUAUUCGCAAUAGUCUUUCGUAAUUUUUCUCUCGUUACAUUUCCACCGAGCCAACAUUGACUCUUUGAAAUCAUUGAGCAAUAUUUCAGUUCCAGCACUGAUUUGCAUCUUCCUCAAACGCAAUCCUGAUUAUGCCUUGUUGGCUUCUCCUCAACACGCUUAUUUCUGAAUACAAUUACCGGUAUCGCUGAGAUUUGCAUUUGGUAUCAUCAAGUAGUGCGCAUUAUUCGACUCGUGCACAGAAUAGGUGUUUAUCUCCGAGUACGGAGUGAGAUCCUGGAUCGCAUGGAUUAUACGUAUACAGGUAAAAGGGAUGACUAUAUAUUUCAAGGACUAUUUAUUUCAAGGACUGGUCGACGAUUAAGUUUCGACGCUGACGGCGACGUUUUUCAAGAGGAGUCACGGCGGUAAAGCCGGUUGGCUGCUGGGCCGUGAGAUGGCGACGCACUGACCGGCGCUGGGCGUCGUACCGGCGGCAGUCUCGGGGACGACGCCGUCGCCGCCACGUGGAGAGUGAAUUUGAAUCAGCCGCCACCGGUCCCGGCCUGUUGUUCCAUCGUGUCGGCGCGAUCGUUCGCACCGGUCCUCACUCGCGAUUCCUCUCGCGCUUAUCGCGCGGAAUUUCAAGAUCCGCGAGAGUACUUGAAGAGUCCGACGUCCGAGAAGAGCUGGCAAGAUCGAGAAAAGCAAAGAGAAAAAUAUUUUACGAUUAAAAAAAAAAAUAAAUAAAUAAAAAAAAAAAUAGAGAGAAUCUUUCGCGAAGCUUAAAACGAUCCAGAAGAGUGGAUCGCGAGGAGAUUUCACGCUGAAAUCGAGCGAUAAGCGGAGAAACGGAUUGAUAUCAACUCAGCGAAGAAAAAAACCUGUCGGAUCAUCCUCGGUACGAGGUAAAAUAUUAGCGAUUAAGCGUCGCGCGCAAGCCGAUAAUUGCCGAGAUUGCGGAGCGAAGUAUCGCUCGGAGUCGGAGGUCAUUGUUCUCCAUUACUAACGGGGUAUCGACACGCCGAGGAGGAAAGAAGGAAUCCGUAGAUUGUCGCCGAGCUAUCGUCAACAGCAAUCACUGGCGUACGGAGAGGCUUGGCGAGACACGAGCAGCCAAUCACCUCUAGCGAAACACGUUGGCACGAGCAAUCGACCGCGAUUGUUAACCGGACGGAUACCGGUGUCAUCGCGCAUCACCGCCACGUGACACACUCCGGCUGUCAUCGAUUCCCGAGUAACAGCUUCCUCUUGCGCCACGUGUCGAGACCAGUGGGAUCUGGGACAUCCGGUGACUGACUGGACGUAGUCGUCGAAUAGUCGCGAGUGCGAUCGCGGUGAGGCAACAUGAGCGAAUGCGAGAACGUCAACUGAGAUCAGCGACGUAGCCCAGUGUGUCACGCCGGUACGUGCUGCGUGCGGUGACUAGCUAUCGUGACGUACACCACGAGUCGCCGAAGCGACGACGAGGAUAACGAGGACGACGAGAGCAGCGGUGGCGGCAGAGGAGAAGAGCAGCCGGCGGCAGGAGAGGGAGAAAAAUCAAGAAGGAAGUAGCAAGUGUCACGAAGGGACCCUUGUCAGUGAGUGGUAGACCGUGGUGCAGAUCGUGGGGGCACACGGUGCGCGUGUGAUAAGGAUCUCGCCUGGGAACGAGAGAAAGAGGGAGAGGUGCAGGACGCGACAGGGGGGGGUGGGUGGCAAGCACGCGCAGCGGGACUCGCGCUCGAUACGGGCACGCGCGCGAAUUCGACACGAUCGCCACUUCCGAUCGCACCGGCCGGCUUGGUGCGGAAGAGGGCUGUGACCUUGCGACCCGACCUUGGAAAUUGGCGCCACCGUCGAUCACAGCAUAUCGUCUCCGGUCGAGAGCGCGGUUCACCGGUAAUUCGUAACGCGAAAAAUUCAACUCGAUCGCGGCGAGACGCGCGAGUGUUCGGGGAGAAGAAAAAAUUUUUAAUUGGUACCGGGCUUCCGUUUCGUUUCCUCGACUUCCGGAAACGAAGAAGGACUGCUAGCUGGAUCGUAUACUACCUGUCACGCCGAUGGAAUGACUCAAUAUGCUGCCUAGAUCGUUACUGGUGAUCUUCGCCGCGCUAUGUGCAACGUACGGCCGCGCGGACUUCUUCAGUGGGAAGGAAGUGGUAUACGAUUUGAUGGAGGCAUCGGUGUCAUCGAUGACGGACGAUAAUAAUCUUUACAUGGACGAUGGUGUGGAUGGAUUUCCGGCGUUUGGCUUCCGACCCGGCUCCGAAGUGAAGCAACCCUACAGAUUAUACCUUCCGGAAAAGUUGCCAGCCGAGUUCACCCUGGUGGCCACGUUCAAGCCGACCUCCUUUAGAACGAGCUACCUCUUCGCCGUCCUUAAUCCCUUCGAAACCGUUGUCCAAUUGGGCAUUAGAAUUUCGGACGGACCCGGCUCGAAUCAGAAUGUCUCGCUAAUCUAUACAAACUCGGACGAGCAUUCACAUUCGGAGGAGGUGGCGAAAUUUACCGUGCCGAAGCUUACGAAGAAAUGGUCAAAGAUCGUCAUUAAGGUCUCCAUCAACGACGUCACCUUUUACCUCAAUUGCCACGAGAUGGCUCGGCAGAGGGUCACCAGGAUCCCCCAGGAAUUAGUAUUCGACACCGCCAGCACGCUGUACAUCGCACAGGCCGGGCCGCACAUUCAGGAACGAUACGACGGUCUGCUACAAUCUUUGAAGUUAUACUCUGGCCAUCCUCCGGACCUUGUAAAAUGUACUUCUGACUUUGACUUUUCAGCGGAUGAGGAACUCAGUUCUGGUGAUUACGAUCUCAAUUUGUACGAUGGUUCCGGCGACGCUGAAUUCAAUAAGAUCAGUCGAGAUGCGGACGAAGACAAAAGUGAGGAGAGUAACCCACCGCCAUUCAUCACGCCCCCGCCUCCGAAUCCAGAUUAUAAAGGUCCGAAAGGCGAGAAGGGCGACAAAGGGGAAAAGGGCGAGAGUGUCAGAGGUCCCCCGGGGCCUCCUGGCCCUCCUGGUCGCGACGAGGAUUGGCUAAUGAAGAUACCACAGGGACCACCUGGUCAAAAAGGAGACACCGGCAGUUGCACCUGCAACGCCACGGCCUUAAUGUCUUCCUUUACGAUGCCAAAGAUGAUACAAGGGCCUAAGGGUGAGCCAGGAGUACCCGGACAGGAAGGCAAACAAGGCUUAAUGGGCCUCACGGGUGCGGCAGGACCGCCAGGGGAAAGAGGACUGCAGGGUCCGUCCGGGGCUAAAGGUGAUAAGGGUGAUAUUGGAAUACCGGGACCGGAAGGUCCUCAAGGUCAAAAGGGCGAACCGGGUCGAGAUGGAAUACCCGGAGAAAAGGGUGCGCAAGGUCCACCGGGGCCGCCUGGAAAAGGAGAAUUUUCUGGCUAUGACCCGAGUUGGAAACCUCGAAAUAUUUACAGACCGGAAGGUAUUACAAUGAGACCAGGACUCCCAGGACAAAAGGGUGAACCAGGCACUUCAGGAAGUCCCGGUCCGAAAGGCGAGUCUGGAAUACCUGGGUCUAAAGGUAUCAAAGGCGAACCCGGACAUAAAGGUGCCAAGGGAGAUCAUGGGAAGGAUGGUCCUAGAGGAAUUCAGGGCUUCAAGGGUGAGCCUGGUGCACCCGGUGCACCUGGGUUGCCCGGAGCACCCGGUGAAAAUGGACGGCCAGCAGAAAAGGGUGAUAAAGGCGAUACGGGACCUGAAGGCAAACCAGGACCUCCAGGACCACCAGGUCCAUCAGGUAUAGGCGGUCCCGGUGGCAUAAAUGUGGGAGAUUUAGGAUUUGGCAUAAGAGGAGACAAGGGUGAUUCUGGAGCGCGCGGGUACAAGGGUGAUAAGGGCACGAAGGGUGAGAAGGGCGAUAAGGGUGAUUCCGGGCCAGCUGGCAUUCCCGGAAUAAACGGUAUUCAAGGACCUCAAGGAGAUAAAGGCGAACCUGGUAAAGACGGAGUAUCUGGAUUACCUGGCAUACCUGGUACUAAAGGCGAGAGAGGUGAAAGAGGUCCUCCUGGAGCUACUACCAUCGCCAAUUCCGGAGACUAUAUUACUAUCAAAGGCGAGAAAGGCGCCGAAGGAAAGCGAGGCAGAAGAGGACGACCUGGACCACCUGGUCCCGUGGGUCCUCCUGGAAAACCAGGAAUUACAGGAGAAAUCGGUCUACCAGGAUGGAUGAACACGAUAAAGGGUCGUCCUGGGACACCUGGAAUUCCGGGAAGUAUCGGACCAAUGGGACCCAAGGGAGAAAAGGGGGAACCUGGCGCACCAAGUCCUUACGGUGUUUCUCUCGGUAUCAAAGGCGACAAGGGAGAUGACGGUUUUCCCGGAAUACCCGGACAACCGGGAAGAGACGGUCAAAGAGGGCCUCCAGGACCUCCCGGACCUCCUGGAGCACCAUCUCAAGGAAAAUAUAUACCAGUUCCAGGACCUCCGGGUCCUCCCGGACCUCCCGGUCCGCCUGGUUUGUCUUUAAUUGGGCAGAAAGGUGAACCUGGAAUCGGUAGGAGUCACGUUUUCGGAGAAAGAGAUUACUAUGGUCCGAGACAAGGAGCCAGAAGUAGUCUGGACGAAUUGAAAGCUCUACGUGAACUCAAGCAACUGAAAGAACUGAAAGAGCAAUUAGGUGUUGUUACUGCCGCUACAAGAGGACCUUUAGAAAGUACAACGAAAAUCGUGCCAGGAGCUGUUACGUUCCAAAACACAGAAGCCAUGACGAAAAUGUCUAGCGUUAGUCCAGUCGGGACAUUGGCUUAUAUCAUAGAUGAACAAGCAUUACUAGUCAGAGUUAAUAACGGAUGGCAAUACAUAGCGCUCGGAUCACUUCUGCCUAUCACAACGCCAGCACCACCAACGACGUCACCACCGCCAGCGAAUCCUCCUUUCGAAGCAUCCAAUUUAAUUAACCAGAUACCUGUAAAAGCUGACGGAACAGGACAGUGGUAUCCGCGAAUGUUGAGGAUGGCUGCACUGAAUGAACCAUUCACCGGAGAUAUGCAUGGUAUACGAGGAGCAGAUUACGCUUGCUAUCGACAAGCAAGGCGAGCAGGUUUGAGAGGUACUUUCCGCGCUUUCCUCAGCUCUCGAGUCCAAAACGUCGAUAGCAUUGUAAGACUGGGAGAUCGAGAUCUUCCUAUAGUUAACAUAAAGGGCGAUGUGCUAUUCAAUUCCUGGAAAGAGAUGUUCAACGGAAAUGGGGCGUACUUCUCUCAGAAUCCCAGAAUCUACAGCUUCAAUGGGAAGAACAUCCUGACUGACUUCGCGUGGCCUGAGAAAGUCGCGUGGCACGGCUCUCACAAACUUGGCGAUCGAGCGAUGGAUACCUACUGCGAUGCCUGGCAUUCGAGCAGCUCGGAUCGCUAUGGAUUAGGCUCGCCGUUGACCGGCGGUCGACUGUUGGAACAAGUACGAUACUCGUGCGACAAUAAAUUCGCGUUGCUCUGCAUCGAAGUAACGAGCGAGCUGGGGAGGAGACGACGAAGCGCCGGCAAUCGACCAGACGACGACAUCGAGAUGACGGAGAACGAUUAUAUGGAGUACCUGGAGGAACUCAUGCAAUACUGAAUACACGCACCUUCGACCAUCCACUCGCGACGCGA